AUGUUUCCCAUCGAACUCCUACAACGUCUGACGGAUGCGCACUGCCAUCCCGUGGACGAUUCGGCCGGCCUCGAUCGAGCUUUGACCGCGAUCGAGCAGCUCCACACCGCACGACUGGUGCGCUCCUCAGCGGAGCCAUGGUCCUCAAAAGAUUUCAACCUGAUUCUGAUACCUUCUUCUCCACAGUGUGCUCAAAGCUCGACGCUGGAAAACCAGUCAUGUACUCGAUCCUUGGCCGUGGCUCAUCCAGAUCGAGUGAUUCCCUUCUUUGGUUCGUGCCCCACACCAAACCGACGACGUCAUUUCGGCUGCGGGAAGAAUCUUCACUGAAGCCAAAUUGUCGCCUUGGGUGCGCCAGGUCUUCACCCGUGGUUCGUUCAUUCGAUAUCUCUUGCAUCGCCCUCAUCCCUCCCCACCAAGCAAGAACACUACAUGACUCUCUUUCCCGAACUCGGCACCGACCCCUCCCUCCAACCAGUAGUCGACUCGCUCCUCCCUCCGACUUCACUCGAAACCUACCUCACCACGCUCGAGCAAAACCUCGUCCAUUACCCUCAUUCGCACGUCGGAGAAAUCGGCCUGGACCGAGCCUUUCGGCUCCCCUUGCCGACCCAUCUUCAACCUCCCCGAGGCCAAGGUUCUCCCCGUUCAAAACUUCAAACACCUAUCCAGCAUCAACUGGCGCUCGUUCGAGCUCAACUCGACCUCGCUAUCAAGCUAAGACGACAUGUCUCGUUCCAUUCGGUCAGGAGCUCCAAAGAGACCGUGACACUACUGCGGGAUUAUCUGGAUCACAAUCCUGGAUUCGAGAGUAUUCAUGCGUGCUUGCAUUCGUUCGGGGGCUCACCCGAGACUAUCAGGCAACUACAAAAGGGUGAGUCGACCUCGUUUCAGGACUUUGUAGAUGAACUCUAAAAAUUCAGUGAUGGAUCUGGUUGCUUGCAGUCCACCACAACCUCUUCUUCUCCUUCGCCGCCGUCAUCUCGGGGCGCUCGCCACGCUUCUCAGAGAUGUUACGCGCCGUCGACGACGCGCGUCUCUUGGUCGAGUCCGACUUUAGUGACACAUCGAAAAUCGACGAGCAGGUGUGUGUUCACUCUCCUCUCCUUAGAUUGGAAUUGCGACUGCGUGUACUCAUGUCCGACGCCUACCUUCCUUCCCCGAUCAGAUAUCCGAAGUUGUCGAAGCAAUUUGCACCGCUCGGUCAUGGACUCGCGAGUACUGUGUCGCUCAGCUCGAGAAGAACUGGCUGAGCUUCUUGGAAGUCGAACCCGAAGGUUCGAGACCAAAAAGGAAGAGCAAGAAGGAACGCAAGAUGGACGAGCAAGCUCGGCGGCGACAAGCUGAAGAAGCAGAAGAGUAA